AUGAAGACAGAAUAUUCUUUGGAGAAGAACAGUUCUCGCAGAGUCUCUUUUGUAGAAAAUGGUGUGCGAUGGAGAACUGGAUCUGUGGUCUCCAGUCAAGAACAUAAUGAUGUGGGCAACAGUGAAACAGUCGCUCCUUCCUCAUUUGGAAGAUACAAGCAGAGCCUACAGACCCUCAAACCCUUCCGUUGGUCCUCUUCACGGUCCCACCCUUUGGACGAGGCAGGUUUCUUUUCCUUUACAACCUUUGCCUGGAUGACUCCCAUGAUGUGGGCGAUGUUUAAGAACAAACUGGACAUGUCUACUUUCAACUUGUCUCCUUUGGAUUCAGCUAAGACUGGUGAAGAAAGACUUCACAGACUGUGGGAUGAAGAAGUGGCAAAGAAAGGCCUGGAGAAAGCCUCUUUGGUACGUGUGGUCCUUCGCUUUCAAAGAACCCGGCUGCUUGUGUCUGUCAUUGCCGGCAUCCUUGCCAUGGUGGCGGUAUUCAUGGGCCCGGCUGUUCUGGUCUAUGAGAUCCUAAACUAUAUUGAUGACCCAGAGAAUUCCACAGUUAUCCAUGGUGUUGGUUUGUCUUUAGCACUGUUCACCACAGAGUUUCUCAAAGCUUUCCUGAUAUCCUUGCUGUGGGCACUGAACCUGCGCACAGCAGUCAGACUGAAAGGUGCCUUCUCUUCAAUGGGUUUUCAGAAAAUCAUCUCUCUGCGGGUGCAAAGUGGCAUUUCAAUGGGAGAGAUGAUUAAUGUUCUGACCAGCGAUGGCCACAGAUUAUUUGAAGCUGUGUUGUUUGGGAGUUUUGUGUUGUCCACUCCAGUGCUCUUUAUUGUGUGUGUCAUCUACGCCUGCCACAUUUUGGGCUACACCGCACUGACUGGAGUCUGUACCUACAUCAUUUUUGUCCCUGUGCAGUUUUUCUUGGCCAAGCUCAUUAACAGGUUCAGAUGGAAAGCCAUGCGGCUAACAGACAGCCGUGUCCGCACCAUGAAUGAGAUUCUCAACAGCAUAAAACUUAUCAAAAUGUAUGCCUGGGAAGAUUCUUUUGAGAAGAAGAUUGCAGGCUUAAGGAAAAAUGAAAGGAAGCACAUACGGACUGUCAGUUACAUCCAGAAUAUUAAUACCAGCAUCACCAGCAUCAUCCCUACCCUCGCCACUGUUCUCACCUUUGUGGUACACACUUUGUUCCGCUUACCACUCAACACAUCUGAUGCCUUCACCACGAUCGCCAUCUUCAACUCCAUGAGAUUCUGCCUUGCUCUUAUGCCUUUGUGUGUGAAAUCCCUGGCUGAGGCUGCUCUGUCGCUGGCACGAUUAAGGAAAAUAUUGCUGAUCCAGAAUCCUGAGCUGUACCUGAUGCAAAAGAAAGACAGCAACUCUGCUAUAGUGAUGAAAAGUGCUACACUUUCCUGGACCAAACCAGGCAGCCAGCCAGACCCUCCAUCCAGCUCGGCCGAUAUGGUCAAAGAACAGAAGGAGGAUGGGCUGCCUGAGAAUGGAAAGACUGAAACCUUGCCAACCCUGAGAAACAUCUCCUUCACACUACCUAAGGGUAACCUGCUUGGUGUUUGUGGGAACGUAGGAAGUGGAAAGUCAUCGCUGAUUUCAAGCAUUUUGGAACAGAUGCACCUUCUUCAGGGCUCGGUCGCAGCUGAUGGGACAUUUGCCUACGUUUCCCAACAGGCCUGGAUUUUCCAUGGAACUGUUCAAGAAAAUAUAUUGAUGGGGGAACCUCUUGACCAGGCCAAAUAUGACCGAGUUGUGGAUGUCUGCAGCCUCAGAGCAGACCUGAAGAUCCUGCCUUAUGGUGAUCAAACUGAGAUUGGAGAACGAGGGCUGAAUCUAUCUGGGGGACAGAAGCAGAGGAUCAGCCUGGCCAGAGCUGUCUACUCCAAUAAGGACAUCUUCCUCCUUGAUGACCCGCUCUCUGCUGUUGAUGCUCAUGUGGGGAAACACAUCUUUGAAGAAUGUAUAAAGAAGGAGCUCCAAGGAAAAUCCAUCAUCCUAGUAACACACCAGCUCCAGUAUUUGGAGUUCUGUGAUGAUAUCUUGGUUCUGGAGGAUGGUGAGAUCCUGGAGGCUGGAAACCACGAGGACCUGAUGACAGCCAAAGGACGCUAUGCUCAGCUCAUCAAUAACUAUCAGUUAGAACAGUCCAAAACUCAUAAAGAGGAGGAGGAGGAGGUGUCAACCCAAGAUGCUGACCAGUCGAAAGACGAAGAGCACAGACAGCGUGCAGACAGUGGAAUAGUGAACCCUGGAUUUGACAUGUCAGAUGAAAACGGUGAUGAAACGAAAGCUGACCAAAUAUCUGUCAAGGAAAGCAAUCAGCUGGUCAGUCAGGAGUCAUCCACAGAAGGUGCUGUCUCCUGGAGAGUCUACCACCAGUACUGCAAGGCAGCAGGAGGCUACAUUGUCACCUUGCUCACCAUCUUAACCAUUGUCCUGAUGAUUGGAUCCACAGCCUUCAGCAACUGGUGGCUCAGCAACUGGCUGGGCCAGGGUGAUGGGUCAUCCACCAAUGAAACUUCAAACCAGGGUGACAUCUCACAAAACCCUGACCUAGAAUUCUACCAAUUGAUUUAUGGCGUGAUGAUAAUUGUCACGGUGCUACUAGCUGUCGUCAAGUGCUUCUUUUACACUGCUGUCACCUUGAAUGCUGCCUGCAAAUUCCACAACACCAUGUUCAAGAAGAUUAUUGCCAGUCCAAUGAGUUUCUUUGACACAACGCCAACAGGCCGCAUCCUGAACCGUUUCUCUAAAGACCAGGAGGAGGUGGACACCGUGCUUCCCCUCCACAUGGACCCUUUCUUGCAGUUUUGUCUGCUUGUCACAUUCACCAUUAUCAUCAUCUCAGCUGUUUUCCCUGCAAUGCUGGCAGCUGUGGUUGUUAUUGGCGUUUUGUUUUCUCUCAUUCUCUUUGUAUUCCAAAGGAGUAUACGUCAGAUGAAGAAGAUGGAGAACAUCAGUCGCUCUCCCUGCAUUUCUCUCACCACCUCCACCUUGCAGGGCCUCAGCACCAUUCAUGCCUACAACAUAAGAGACAGCCUCAUAAAACAGUUCACAUCCCUUAAUGACAUCAACUCCAAUCACUACUUGCUGUUUCACUGUGGUACACGUUGGCUGUCUUUCUGGCUGGACUUCAUGGCUGCUACCAUGACCUUGAUGGUGGCUCUGUUUGUAGUGCUCAGCAGUAAUGAAGUUAUCAGUCCAGCUUUAAAAGGCUUGGCCAUGUCUUAUACUAUUCAGUUGACAGGCAUGCUUCAGUAUGUGGUGAGACAGGCAACAGAAGUGGAGGCAAGGUUCAACUCUGUGGAACGACUACAGGAAUACAUCACGGGUUGCAAAUCUGAGGCACCCAGACACAUAAAGGAGGCUCAGAUCCCAGAGGACUGGCCCAAGAGUGGAGUCAUCACCUUCCAGAACUAUAAGAUGAGAUACAGGGAGAAUACACCCAUUGUACUGAACGGGCUUGAUUUCUUCAUCCGAGCUGGAGAGAAGCUGGGCAUUGUGGGAAGGACAGGCUCCGGGAAAUCCUCUUUAGGUGUGGCUCUAUUCAGACUAGUGGAGCCAGCAGGAGGAACCAUCCUGAUAGACGGAGUGGACAUUAUGACUAUUGGCCUACAGGAUCUGCGCAGCAAAUUGUCCAUUAUCCCCCAGGACCCUGUGCUGUUUAUUGGUACAGUCAGGUACAACCUAGACCCUUUUAAUACUUACACUGAUGAGGAAAUCUGGACAGCGCUGGAGAAGACUUACAUGAAGGACACAAUCUCCAGGCUGGAGGGAAGGCUACAAGCAGAGGUGUAUGAGAAUGGAGAGAACUUCUCUGUGGGCGAGAGACAACUGAUGUGUAUGGCGAGAGCACUACUCCGUAACUCCAAGAUCAUUCUUCUGGAUGAGGCCACGGCCUCCAUCGAUGCAGAGACUGAUGCUCUGAUCCAAAACACUAUUAAAGAUGCUUUUAGUGAUUGCACCAUGCUCACCAUCGCACAUCGCAUCAACACUGUGGUGCAAGCAGAUCGUAUUCUGGUCAUGGACAAAGGAGAGGUGGCAGAGUUUGAUCAUCCAGAUGUGUUGAAACUACGACCAGACUCCCUGUUCUCCUCACUCCUCACUGCUGCUAACACUGUGAAUACAUGAACCACUCGAGACCUGUGAUACCUAAGAAUCAUGAUCACUGCAACAUAUUGAUAGCUAUUCAUUUGUACAACCACAUCUUAAUAAGUAUCGUAAUGCUGUAAUCUGGAUGGUUUUCCCCUUUAAAGAUGUGUCAGUAGUGAUGUAUUUAUCAAUAUUCUUUCAUC